UUUCUACGGGGACCGAAAGACGGACGGGGGGGGAAAGCGUGGCAAGCGAGAUGAGAGAAAGCGGGCACAAACCGAAACCCAAAACCAACCAGACAAAGCUCGCCAGCAAACAGAGUCCUCCUGCAUGGUGUUGACCGCCUCCCCGCCUCCCCUGGGCCGCGCCCUCUCGUAUCGGUGCCGCCAUGCCGUUCCGAAAACAGUCUUGUGCUCCGCGACCGAGUCCCGUGACUGCAUCCCUCGAGCUCGCUUUCGCAGUUCUGGACCGCUCCAGACCGCGACCGUGAGCGCGUCUCGGAACGGGCUGCAUGGCUUGAGGGAGCGGUUUUCUUUUUACCCCAUAUUAUUCCUGCCUCAUCUCGAAAGUACCCUACCCUCUCCGUGGGCGGGGGUUUUGGAACGGGCUAGGCCGGAAAGGACUGGGGGGGGCAUUGUAUCAUUUGCGCCGGCAAUUACGUACACUAGGGUCCCGCGUGAGAAGCUUGCUUCGCUGGCCAACAAAUACGAGAUGGCUUUAGAAUUCCACGAUGCGCGAUCCAAGAUGCCACAAUACUCGGGGCUUGCAGACUUUCGGGCUGAGAAGGGGACGACAGAUGUCCCAGGCCGUUUCCAAGCUACUGCGGCGCAUUCCCCCUCCUAGGCCCGCCCUGCGUCUGGACUAGACGCCGGCAGGCUGCCGCCCCCCUCC